AUGCUUCUUUCUGGCGUAGCAUUCAGUGAGCUGGAACUUCCCGACAUCAUUCUUGCUCGCGACUUGCAAAGGGACAAAGUUCAAGACGUAGAGAAGAAGUUGUUAGAAACAAUAUAUGACUUGACGACAAUGGCCGGACAAUUGCAUCUGGGAAGAGACCGAGCCUUCCGGAAUUAUUUCUUGCUUGAAUGUGUGCCUUGUUUACUGGUUGAAAAUCCCAUCGAAGCCGAUCAUGUUGGAGUAUGUUUCGAGCCAACACCCGUGGCAGAUUGUAGCGAGUACGGUAGUGAAGAAGCUACACGGCAGUUUGUUUUGGGUUGCUCCGGCAACAUGAACACCUGUUCCGUCCAUGGUGAACCCCAAAAACGAAGGCCAAGGUGGACAUUUGUGGACUCUAUGGAAAAAGUUGACCAGAUCGUUGCUGCGUGCAAUCCUCGUGGUUAUCGCGAAAUUGACCUUGCCGAAGAAAUUACUUUCCAUCAUCCUCGGAUAGCUGAGGUCAUGGAGAAGGUGGAGGCAAAAUUGGCAAAUGGGCAGUUCACAUCGCUUUUUAUGGUAGAUCAAGCUGAUCCGGCUUUGAUGCAAAGUGGUGUGGAGUGGGACAUCGAAAUUCGAGAGCUGUUGCUUGACUUGGAGGAAAAGGUGUGUUUCUACCUAACAUAG